AUGGCUGAAACACCAAACUAUUGUCCCGUCUAUGCCCCAAUAUUCGGUGCCUUAGGAUGUACUUCUGCUAUUGUUUUUACCUGUUUUGGAGCAGCAUAUGGCACAGCAAAAGCUGGUGUAGGGUUAUCGGCUAUGGGUGUCUUACGUCCUGAUUUGGUUAUGAAAGCCAUUGUACCAAUUGUUAUGGCUGGUAUUAUUGGUAUUUACGGGCUGGUCGUAUCUGUCUUAAUUUCUGAUGGUCUCAAACAAGAAAUGGCUUUAUUCACUGGAUUUAUUCAACUUGGAGCCGGACUAAGUGUCGGUCUUGCUGGUCUUGCAGCUGGAUUUGCCAUUGGUGUAGUUGGUGACGCUGGUGUGCGUGCUACCGCACAACAACCCAGAUUAUUCGUUGGUAUGAUUCUUAUUCUCAUUUUCGCCGAAGUAUUAGGUCUUUACGGUUUAAUUGUGGGUCUUAUUUUAAAUACCAAAGCAAGUGGCGGUGACGUCAAAUGUUAA